CGCUAGGGGCUGCUGCGUUGUCAGUCCCUAGAAGAGACGAGCGACUGGAAAGCGAACGGUUCUCGGUGGGGAGAAGAAAAGAAAGCGGCCCUUUGGGUGAGCUUAUCUGGAAACGAGAGGAAGCGAUACAAUGACGAGGGGAAAUCAGCGUGAGCUUGCCCGCCAGAAAAAUGCCAAAAAGCAAACUGACCAGUCCAAGGGCAAAAGAAAUGAGGAUGGUUUGUCUGCUGCUGCCAGGAAGCAGAGGGAUGCUGAGAUAAUGCAACAGAAACAAAAGAAGUCCAAUGAAAAAUCUGACACAAAAUCCAAGUAGCCUCCGAAGAACCAGAAGGAAGCCCUUCAUACAAAUAUGAUCCUCCAGUAAAUGUUGUCAUUGGUGUUAUUAGGCUCCAUUGGGAUUCUUUUUUUGUGUUCUAGUUUCCAGCCUACAAAAUGUUUAUGUAUGCUUUCUUUCAGGACAUUUUAUAUUGUAUAGCUUUAGAAAGACGAAUCAUUUCGAAUGAGAAUUGGGUUCUUUGCUUCUCCGCAGCGUGCAAGUCUCACUUUUCUUGAUCAGUAUUUACAAUGUAAAAAAAGCAAGAAUUACAGACUGCUCAGAACCACAAUCUUGUAUUUUUUAUACCCCAUCCCCCUUCACCUUUACUCAAAGUUACUGAAUAAAUUUUAGCUCUUAAGCUCAGACAA